AGUUAUUUAAAGGUUAAAAAAGAAGAGUAGUUGUGAAGGGUUAAACUUUUUCAAUGUCCUAUUUAAGAAAAUUUUUAAAACACAAAUUUUUAGUUAGUUUUUCUAAUUUCAAAAAUUUUAAAAAUGGUAGUACGAGUCAAGCUGAAACUUUUGAUAAAUUAAUUAAACCAACAUCUAGAAGAAAUGACAAAAGUGUUGAACUGUUUGUAAUAUUAGCUACAGGUUAUAUUUUUUAUAAAACAAUUAAAUAUUAUACUCUUAUUCCAACUGUAAAUGCGGCCACAGCAUUGGGAUCUACACCUUUAGCAGGAAGACGUAGACAAUUUAAUUUUAUAGCUGACGUUGUGGAAACUUCAGCACCUGCUGUAGUUUAUAUUGAAAUCAAGGAUUCUAGGAGAAUUGAUUUUUUCACUGGAAGACCAACAACAAUAUCAAAUGGUUCAGGUUUUAUAAUAGAUGAAAAUGGUUUGAUAUUAACGAAUGCUCAUGUAGUUACAAACAAACCAAACGCUAAAGUGGAAGUAAAACUUAUAGAUGGUUCAGUUUAUCAUGGUCAAGUAGAGGAUAUUGAUAUUGUAAGUGAUCUAGCUACUGUGAGAAUACCAGCAAAAAAUUUACCAGUUAUGAAGCUAGGUAGCUCUUCAGAUUUAAAACCAGGAGAGUUUGUUGUAGCCAUCGGUAGUCCUUUAGCAUUGAGCAAUACUGUUACAAGUGGAGUAGUCAGUUCAACUCAAAGAGGAUCAGCAGAAUUAGGUUUACAUGGCAAGGACAUGCAUUAUAUUCAAACAGAUGCUGCAAUCACUUUUGGCAAUUCUGGUGGUCCUUUAGUAAAUUUAGACGGGGAAGCAAUUGGAGUAAAUAGUAUGAAAGUGACUGCAGGUAUUUCAUUUGCAAUACCAAUUGAUUAUGUUAAAGCAUUUCUCAAAACGGCCAAAGGUCCAAAAGGCCCCGAUAAACCAAAAAGGCUGUAUAUGGGCAUCACAAUGUUAACAUUAACACCACAGAUUAUACAUGAACUACAACAAAGAAAUCAUCAAAUUCCCAGAGAUAUAGAAAAAGGUGUUUUGGUGUGGAAAGUUAUUUACGGAUCUCCAGCUCAUGCAGGGGGAUUACAACCCGGUGACAUAGUAACUCAUAUCGACGGAAAACAAAUUCAACACUCAAAUGACAUUUACGGUAUUCUGGCAGAAAACAAAACAAGAAAUUUGAAAAUAUCAAUAAAUAGAAGUGGUAAAAGUAUGGACUUAACAAUCACUCCUGAAGAUUUUAGUUGAAGUAGUCGUUUUUAUAUUGUUACUUCGAAAUAAAAGUUUGUUCCUAUUAUGUCGCUUUUCUAAAUAAAAACACACAUAAAAACCAA